AUGGCAGAACCAACAUUGUACGAAGAAACCGUCUUACAGUGUCUCCGAAGCGGAGGAAUACGGACUAAAUAUUAUGGUGAAGGUAACUACGGUGGAGUUGACUUUGUCGUGACUUACGAAAGAGUGCUGUUUAUUGUCCUUUGUAACAACGAUGAACUACCAGCUGAGCCCAGCUUUGUUGACAGAAUGAGGAGGGAUCUCACCGAAUACCCCAGGAAUACUGUGGGGGUUCUGGUGGCUCCUCAGUUCAGUGAAAGAGCAAAGCGUCUGGCUUCGUCGUCCCCCUGCAACAUUAUAUUGACGGAAGCCACUGACAUUGCUUCGAACAUAAUUCAAUACGUUGAAAGUCUAGAACAGAAUCAAGAAUCUGACUCGGAAGAAGAUGAACAAUUCAAUUUUUUUGUCAUAACAGGGCAACCGGAACCCUUCCAACGUCAAUCGACACAAAAGAAAUCCGAACUAGAAUGGUUGUAUAAGGCU